ACUCGCGCUGCAACAACAACAUCAAAAGAACCAUGGUCGUGAUUUGAGGGAGACAAAAGACAAAUUUACAGACAGGAUGUCUAAGGCGUACCAGUCUGGAUUGGAGGGAAGCCCUCGGAGGAAGAAGUCCUUCCUGCCAGCUCCAAAGACUUUCGGAAGUGUUCCAGCUCCCUCCACCAAGGUGGCGGGGCAGCCAGACCACCAAGAAAUUUCACACCAUAAACCUGUGGAGACCCACCAGGAGUUGUAUGUGGGGCAGCGGGUGUACAUCGGCGGUAUCAAGCAGGGCACCGUCCUCUACUACGGACGCACACACCUAGCUGAUGGCAUCUUCUGUGGGGUUGAAUUAGACGAAUCAGACGGAAAACAUGACGGACAGGUGCAGGGUGUGAGGUACUUUCGGUGUCGACCAGGGCAUGGUAUAUUUGCGCCUGUUGAAAAGGUCACUAAGGUUGAAGAUCAUCGUCCUGACGACAUAAAUGAGAGUCAGUACCAACAAGCCUUGGCCAGUCAGCAACGACUCUCUCGCAGACUCCUCCCCCAGCCAAAGACCUAUACUCGUACUGGCUCACGGGAGAGGAUCGCAAUACCGUCUUGCAUCGAGGAGCAGAACGAGGACAUAACUGACACUGUAGAUGAGACAGAGCUCCGGUACCUAGAAGAACAGCUCCGGGCCAGUGGUUCACCCAAGUUAGGCGGUGGUAACCAGGGGUUGGACGCCAAGAAGUGUCUCAGUGAUACCUAUACCAAGGAGGAUUUCACCAACGUCAAGUCCUCGCCCAAACGAUCACGUCUGCCUGCCAAACUGCCAACAUCCCAUUCGGACCUGUACAAGUACACUGAUGUGGCAGCAGACAUCGAGUUGAUACGUAAAGAAGACAAAACGAGCCUCAGGAGGUUGGAAAAAAAGGAUUUCAGUAAGACUUAUACUCUAAGUGAUAAUCUCCCUGACGUGGUAGACCACCAUCGCCCACUUACAGAGAGCUCCUCCAGUACAGAUGAAUCGCUCAGUACAGAUGCCAAAGAGUGCCUCUGUAGUGACCGCAGACAGUACUUCAAUUUGACCUUUGACACAGGAAGCAAUCACAGUUCCCCGCAACACCUCGCUAAGGACACGGAUGGAUUAGAGGCAGAGUUGACGCAAGAUGUGACGCAGGCCGCGAAUACUUUGGAUACCAGUAAUUCUAGUCUUGGUUUGAUUGAUAUUAACAGUUCAGAAUUCAGUACUGACCUGUUUAAAACUGGUAUUGAUGGAAAUUUAACUGAUAGUGAAAAACUCAAACAUACAUUUUCUGUAACGAAAAGAACAGAUAGAGUUGCCUCCCUUAACGAUACAUUUUCUCUUGACAAUGCUGUGACCUCAACACCGGAAAAGAAAUCACUGACUCGGCAAGAUCUGUUUGAUAAACAGGCUGAGCAAGAAAUCCUCACACAGGGAUCAAGAAAAUCUACGUCAAAGAGAAGCUUGGCUUCAACAUUCACUCUUGAACCUGAAAUUCUCUCGUCUGUAAAUACUGACGACACGCUUGACUGGCGUCAGGAAGCUUCUGACGGGGAAAACGAUGAGAAGGAAUCAAACUGCAGUGAAAACCAAGUGGAACUACAGGAAAAUGUCAGACAAGUCAACAUUGAAAUUCAAAAUGUGAAAAAUUCAACAUUUUCAAUUGACCAGGAUGCGAAGGAAGUAUUGAUUCAAAAUAUAACUGGCCAGGAGUUGAUUAAGAGUAGCGGGCCAUUGGAGGCAGAACAAUUACUUUUCCAGAGACCGAAACGGCCCAUGACAGAUUCUGGAAUUGGGUUGACCGAUUCGUGUGAAAUGAGAAAGUCGCAAAACAUGGCCGACUCUAGUGAAUUCCGUCGAUCUCAGAAUUUGGAAAGUGUGUUGGAAGAUGCCAGUAGUAAUAUUUCUAGCCUUGUAAAUGCAGGUGAUGUAGGAUCUUUGUGUCGUGGACGGGAUUUACCAGAUGGACAUGCGGCUCAUAGUGAUUCUCUGCUUAGGGCCGAUCUGGAGGCUGGGCAUCUCAAACAGGGGAGGCCACUCUCUCUCAUCUCUACAACCAGUGCAGACACAGGUUAUGUACCCGACACCGACACAGAUAUAGAGAUGGAAGUUGGAGCCGCAGGGUCACCCGUACACUGGGAGGAACAAAGUCACCCGAGUACGUCCCAGCUGGACAAGGCAUACGUCAACACCUUCAAACAUUACCAAGCAGGGGUGACACGAGGGACUGUGCGGUCUCGGGGAAUGGACAGCGACUCGGACUUGUACAGUGAUACUGGGACUAUCAUACCCGAGGAUGACACUCUUCAGAGCAGCGGCAUACUUGACUUGGAAAACAUGAGUAGCCUGUUGAUGGACGUGGAUGGAAUGGAUUCCAAGGAUGUGGUGCCAGUGGUCAAUGAGGAGGUGGACAAACCCCAGGAAACGGUUGCUGGGAGUGUGGAUCUGGCCACGCAUAGUUCACAGAUGGAGGAUGACCGAAUAGAGGCUGACCAAGGUCAGGAUGUCAAGGUCACAGAAGGUCAAACAGUUUCGGAGGAAACAGAAAUUUCGGAAAAAGAGGAGGCAGAUGUAACAGUCACUAAUGAGGACGCCAACAAAGAGGAUACAAUGUUAAAAGUCACCGUGGAGGUUGUGGAUGAUGCUAGUUCUGUUGUCGUGGAAACAGAGGUCAAAGGUGAAGUGUCUGUGACCUCGCAAAGUGAGGAGAAAAAUGAAGAGAAUCAAAAUGUGUCGAAGGAUAAAAGUGAUACAGGUACGACAAAGAAUAAGUUUAAGUUCAAAAAGAAGAAGGAGGUGGAGAAAAUAGAGUACAAAAAGCCUAAUGUUAACGUGAAAUCUCGUCUCGGUGAUUAUAUUAAGGCUCCCCUCCCUGUGAAAGUUAAGGAGGAAGUGAAGGAGCCGCCAAAAGCUAAACAAAAUACGGAGAGUAAGAAACGGAAUUCUAAGGAGGAUGCGGAGAAAUCCAAACAAAAUGGCGGUGAAGGUGUGAGUGAGGAGAGGAACAGACGCAAGAAGGUGGAGAAGGAACCUCCCAAGAUUAUCAAACGUACGCCUCCGAAAAGUAAGUGGGGCAAUAUCAUGUCACAGAUAGAGGAGGAUAAGGGUAAAGUCAAGCCCAAGGCCGAGGUUAAGAGUAAAUUAGAGACCUACCUCGCGACGCCUGCCCCGACUCCUCCUCCUAAAAAGGAGGAGGUUGCUAAAGAAUCCAAGGUCAAGAUAAAACUACCAGCAGUGCCUAAACCUGACUACAGCAAAGUCAAAAGUAAGCUUGGUCUCGCCGCACCGUCUCCCGCCAUAAAACGGGACCGUUCUCCGUCAGGAGGUGGCCGGGACCAAUCCCCACGCCCAGGUCGCGGAGCCAAGGGAGAAAACAGCAGACGACCCUCCUCUGUCAGUUCGGCUGGCAGUAUAGUGCCUAAACUGGAUCUCAAUGACUCGCUUGGCAGCAGUGUGUUGGAUUCCGCACUAAGUUCGGCUCGGAGUAGCCAAUCAGAGACGAGUCGGCAGGAUAAGACAGAUGAUGAGUUGAACACGCCUCGACCAGGAAGCAAACCAGAAAAUCCUGUGGUGGCUUUGAUCCGACGAGAACGGAGGGACAGUUCAUCUAGUUCAGUGUCGGACAGUUCUCAGGGUUCUGUAAAGGUGAUGAAUGCUAAGAACUUAAAGGUUUCCGAGUCGGUUCCAACACGGCGGAAAUCCAUGCCGGCCAAGAGCAGCAUUCCCUCCUCCCAUGAAGUCCUCCAAGGCCCAGUCACCAGCUCGCUCCACCUCAGGGAAACGUCCGUCACCCACAGGCGCACCACCAACCAGCAAAGCAACAAAUUCUAUGACACCAUGAUGGACAGUGACCUUGAGUGGCUGACCUUGAUGGACAAAGGUUACCAUUACUUUGUCUUUGUGUCGGGAUGUUACCUUGUGAUAUUGAUGGUCCACUGGCUGUCAGAGUUUUCCGAUUCUUGUGAUUCCUCUAACAAAUUUCCUGAUGAUGAAGAUCAGAACCGUAACAAGACAAGCAAGACUAAGAAUCACCAGAAGACCUUGCCCAUCCAGCCAGAUCCAGUCCACACCAAACAGGAGGUCGCGCGCCUCGAAGCUCUCUGUGAGGCACGAACCAAAGAACUCAACUUCGCCAAGCUACAAAUGAAGUCCAAUCUACAAGCCUUUGAUGCUAUGGCUGCUCUUGUCAACUACCUUAGCCAUGAUCUGGAUGCCUUUUCUUGCCCUGCGCUGUCGGAGAAACUUCAGAAACUUCAGUCGGAGAUGGUGGAGGCUCAAUCACAACUAGUUGAGCUACAAGAACGUAAGGUGCAGCUUGAAUCCGAACUGGCCGACACACGACAGGAACAUAAGGAAGGCACAGCCACCAUGCAGGAGGACCACAAACUGUUGUUGACAAGUCAGAGAGAGAAACUACAACACGAACAGGACAAAGCUGUCCGAAAAACUGAAGAUUUCUACUCAGAUGAAAUUACCAGGUUAAAAGCCUACCAAGAGAAACAGAUUCGUGAGGUGAAAUCAGACAGCAAGUCCAGCAUCAGCAACUUACAGAGACAACAACAAGAGGACAUCCGUGUUCUCCAACACAAACAUGAACAACAGAUGGAAGAACUCCACAAACAGCACCGAGACAAAUUGGAGGACAUCACUCACAGAUUUGAAAGCAUGAAGAUGAACCUGUCUGAUAAAGUGGAGAGCCUGAGGUACGAGUGUGAUGACCUCCGAGUGAGGGCCAGGAUGAGUGAGGAGGCGCUCAUGAGGGACUCGGACUACAAAGUACAGAUGGCACUGGCACCAUUUAGGAAUAUGCCAGAGGAGAUUCGGAGUCUGAAGCUUGUCGUGGAGAUGAGGAAUGAAGAGAUACAGAAACUGAGACAACGGAACAUUCAGCUCGAGAAACAGGUUGAGGAGCUGGCCAAUACCAAGGAGAAGGUAAACAGCCUACAACAGAAACUGGAGAACUCUGAGGCCAUCCUCAGCAUGAAGACGGACCAUGAGAAACAAUUACACGGAAAGUGUCAGAUCUUGAUGAGGAAAUAUGACAAGGAAAACAAGGCCAACAAACGCCUGUCCAUGGACUACGAGGAACUCGUCUGGAAGAUGAACCAGAGUGGGGAGCUAGGAUCGCAGGAAAACCUAUGGAGUGCAGGAAGUCAAUCCCCCACCCCUGAUGCCAGCUCCCCGGGGCUGGGGCGGCGUACACGCUCCCCUGCAGUGUGUGAUAACGAGAGACUCAACAGAAAUCCGGUUUACCGCCGUUCUCUUUCCUCCAACCCUACGGAGACGGACGGCGACAAGAGGCUGAAGAGGAGGUCUGCAAACUACCUCCUGGAGGACAGGAAAACCUCCCCAACAGGUAGUCCUCUACACAAGCGUCCUCAUGGUUCAGCAUCCUCAACUUCCUCUUCCCCUCUCCAUCACAGUUAUAAUGAAGGCGAAAUGUCCAAUGGGAGGACAGACCGGAUGAUCCACUCCCUAAAUGACAUGGAUGUGUUUGAGGAGCCCCAGGCGCUCCCCUCACCGCCGCAUCCCUGUGAAAUGGAAGGAAGCCUAACUUCCUUUUCGUCUUCCUCCGACUCCCCGGAGAAUGACCCGGUGUUAGAGUCGACAGACUGCCUCAGGCGGGACGAGGAAGGAGACAAUACAAAGACUCUUACUUCCAGCAGGAGCAUCACAAUGCCUGACCUGCCUUUUGUGGAUAGUGACAAAUGUGAGGAAGGGACUGGACAGGAUGAGGGGGUGUGUCUGACCGAGGAGCAAGGAGAGGAUCAAGCCUCGGACAUGUCCCAUUCUACGGAGUCCAAUGCAUAUUCCAACUCAUCCUCUCUCCUGUGGGACUAUGAGAAAAUGGACUCCGCGAAGUCAAUGGACUCUAGUCAAACUAGUGAUACACUUCUGGAGCAGAAUGGCUCAGAGGCAUGGCAAACGGAGUCCAUGACGUCCUCAAAGGGGAUCUCGGCUUCCUCAAGUGCAGAGUGUGUGCUGCCCUCUAAGGAGGGUAAAGACAAUGAAGGGCAGACAACUCAGGAAGUCACAACAGUCAAAACUCUACAUGAAUCAACAGUUUAAUUGUAUCAUGUUAGCAUAUUGCUAAUCCAGCAAUGUAUCUAUAUAUACAACUUAACUAUACAAGUGUUUAGAGUUUAAAUCUGUCCUACAUUUUAAAAUGUUAAUAUUGAAUGGAUUUCGGUAACUUUUCCUCACUCUGCAAUUUUUGAAUUUUUGAGAAGAAACUUUUUCUUCAAAACAUUUUGAUGUGAAGGAAUUUAAGUGUAACUUAAAAGUACCUUCUAUAGUUUUUUUUUCGUUUUUUUUUUUCAUUUUGUUCAGUUGAAACACUCUUUCAAUCCCUCCUUUAAUUUAACUAAAUAGAUCAGACAAUUGUACAAGGAUCAGAUGAAGGGUUUUGAUGAACCCGACUACAUAUUUAGAAUUAGGUAUGAAAAAAUGGGGGAAGGGGAGACAAUCCUAUAGUUGUCUAUACAGUCUGUGAUAAUAUUGAUAAUAUUGAGUGUAAAAGUAAGUAUAAAGAUAAUUAUAUUCUCAACUUAAGCACAUGUUCUGACAACUUUUGAUAUAGAUAGGAAAGUUGGUAAAAUUAUGAAUAUUACUACAGGAGUCAAGCAGAUAAUACUUCAAAUAAAUGUUUAAUGUGGGAUGAUAAUAAUGGCUGUUGAAAAGAAGCAGGAUUUAAAAAAUUGAUCAUUCUUGUAUUUAAAGACCUUCAUGUUUUAUACUCAAAUAUCCAAAGCAUCUGUAAUAUGUCGGCUGCUAAACAAUUAUUGGGGAAAAUAUUUAUUUUUGAAGAGUACAGUGGAAGCAUGAUGUAACUGGUAUCGAUCAUCAUAACAAGAUUCAGAGAAAUUAUAAAAAAUUCUACCAUAUACAAUUAUAUAGAUUUUAGAGUGUAAAGGUUGGAAAUCGUUCACUCAAGAGUUUGAUUGAGUAGAUAGAUUAAAAUAAAUAGUUAUGAUUAAUUGUGAUUUUUCAAUAUGAAGGUGCUUUAUAUUAAUUUUCAUCCAAAUCUGGUUGGACUAUGGUCUACUGUUGAUUAUUGUUAAUGAUAAUAUGUGAGGAGUGUUCAGGAGUCAAAUUGUAUAUAUAUAUCUAGAUCUGCAAUAAUUAUCAUACAUAUGACACCAUUAUGAAGGUUGUCACCUGUCACCAUCACUCAAUUUAACAGAAUCUGUCUUAACCAUCACUGCCAAUUAUAAUACAGUGUAAUCUGUCCGAACUGGACACUGAGUAGAUUUUCACAGAUUGACAGAAUUGUAUGUAUAGAGAAUGAAGCUCAAAGUUCGGUUUAUGAAGGAGUCUAAUUACACAGGUUUAUAGUAAGAUGGUAAACUGACCUGAUAUUCUGUUGUAUAUACAAAUGUAUAUAAAUCUCAAGUUCGGUUUAUGGAGGUUUCCAAUUACACAAGUUUAUAACAAGAUGAUCAACCAAUCUGAAAUU